AUGGAGUACAGAUGGAUAUACUUCGCAAGAUGCUACCAAAAGCCACAAGUCGUUCCAGACGAAGAGCUUCUAGAACGACAGCAGUCUAUGCUGCACAAGCUUUCUCUUCUCCAGGAAGCACCUCAGCACGCCUAUCUUCAAGAGACCGUCACACAGCUCCAAAGUGAUGCCGGUGUUGUCCAUCUCUUCAGCAAAGACUAUCCGCAGGUCCUCAAUCAUGGCGAUCUUUCCGAGACCAACAUUCUGGUCAAUGGCGAAACAGCAGCUGUUACCGGAUUCAUCGACUGGUCACUCGGAUCUGUGCGACCCUUUGGGUACGAGCGUUAUGCGCUGCGCCAGCUGUCUGGCAAGAUGACCAGCGAGGGGUGGUCUGAUAUGAUCUGUCGUGCACGCACCGAUGAGGCUUUCUGGACCGAGUUCUGGUCCAUCACCAGCAUCGAAGAUCCAGCUCAACGAAUCAAGAUCAAGGAGCAGGCAGAGUUGGUUGCGAAGCUUGGACUCAUCAUUCGCUAUGCAAUCCAGAAGACAUUGGACGGCAUUCCGCUCGACAAACUUGCGACCAGACCGGCUCGGUAUCUAGCAUCGUGGCUCACGACUCCAAACUGGUCUUCCAUGUUGCUGAAUGGAAGGUUGUUGAGGAAGCAGACACCGUCGGUUCCAACAUUCAUCAUGUUGAAGUUCCCGAGCGGCCGUCAACGCUCAAGUGAAGGAAGAUAG